UAAGUCAAGUCAAGCCGAGUACAAAAAUGGCGGCGUCCAGUGGAUCGGAUGGCGGUCACUACGACGAUGAGUUUGGCGACUACGCUAGCAGGAGGAAAAAACCCUGCAGAACGUGUACCGACUUCAAAACAUGGGCAAAGAGCAAAGGAUCAACACUCACCAAAAUACCGGACGAGGGGCGGGGCUGUCCGCUGGACCGGGAGUCCCUGGGUCGCUGCAGCUGGUCCUUCCUGCACACGCUGGCCGCCCAUUACCCCAAGCGGCCCACGGCUGAACAGCGCACCGACGUCGAGGCCUUCUUCAGGCUCUUCGCCAAGUUCUACCCGUGCAAAGACUGCGCCGACGACUUCCGCAACAGCCUUGAAGCGAGCCCUCCGCAGACGUCAAGCCGCUCUGAGCUUGCCCAGUGGCUGUGCGCCCAGCACAACCUGGUCAACGCCAAGCUGGGCAAGCCCCUCUUCGACUGCAGCCGAGUCGACGAGCGCUGGCGCCGAGGCUGGGACGACGGUUCCUGCGGAUGAUGAUGAUGAUGAUGGCCGCCGGACGCGGAUAGGAGCAACAAUCUAGCAAAUAAAGAAAAAAGAAAGAAUAAAAUAAGAAACCCCAAAUCGGCCUGGGGCUCCAACCUCUCCCUCUCGUGAGCCGCGAUCUGCCUCGUCUUCCUCCUCCUUUUUCAAACACCGGGCCUGGGGGUGGAAGGGGGAGAGGGCCACGUGAUUGGAGCAUUAUAGGUCAGGUGAGCGGAACUCUCGCCGGUGGCGGCCGCCCUCUUCUUUUUCUUUUUUUUUUUAGGUUUACAGUAUCUGUUGGUAUUUUUCUCGUUUUUUUUCUUUACGUUUAGAGUUUGUGAAGAAACUGAAAACCUGGUCGUAAGUGUUCGUUCUCAGCGAGGAGAAUUUUUAAUCGUGGACAAAAGGAAAAAAGAAUUAAGAAUUAAUAAAAAAGAAAAAAAGAAUACCGUAUAUUCUAGCCUAUUACCCGCACCAAAACUUUAAAAAAAAAUCCAAGGCUAGUUACGAAACUAGCUGUGUAUAGUAUGUCCCGAAUUCGAAACUUGGAGACAGCGUCAGUCGUCACCGUUUUCGACCAAGCAACCUGCUAUUUUGUGAGCGAAAAUAAAAUUGUGACCCGUU